ACUUUUUGUCCCAGCAAUCAACAAAGAUAACGAGAAGGAGCUCAAGCCGCAUUCAUCUAAGGAAGAAGAUACUGCUGGACUUUCCUGAAUCAUGUCACUAUUCAAUAAGCCCGGAGGCUUGAGCCUCAACACUGGGUCAACUGGCGGCUCGUUAUUCGGUGGUGGCGCCAGUACCAGCUCCUCACAACCCCAACAAAGCGGCGGCCUCUUCGGGUCGUCCACAGCCAAUCCAUCACAACCCCAGACUGGCGGAGGACUCUUUGGCUCAGCAACCCAGAAACCCGGAGGACUAUUUGGAUCAUCAACUACAACAUCUUCUCAGCCGCAAACUGGAGGCGGACUUUUCGGAGGCGGGCAAACUCAGAACCAGAGCCAACCGCAGCAAUCAACAGGGGGCGGUCUAUUCGGCGGAUCAGCCGCGACGACGCAAAACAAACCUUCUCUUCUCGGCACAAGCACCACGACUAGCACACAACAACCCCAACAACCAAGCAGCCUCUUUGGCGGCGCAGCUUCUACAGCGCAAGCACAGCCCCAGAAGCCCUCUCUUUUCGGCAACACCACGACUACUCAACCAGGCCAACCUUCUGCCCAAACCGGCGGCACCGUUCCUGGCGUGAAAAUUGACGUCAGCAACCUGCGCGGCACCACACGCUUCAACGACCUGCACGAGGAGCUGCAGAAGCAAAUUGAACAAAUCGACAACUUCAUCCUCCAACAAAUGCAAUACAAGGACCAAUGCGACGCGCUCAUGCCCAAGCACGAAGAAGCACUCAGCUACAUCCCCAACGACGUAAACUACGUUUCGCAACGAUUCGAAACGCUACAGCGGGCGCUUGAAAACGACGCACAAGCUGUAGACCACGUUCGAAAACUCGUCAAGCGCGAUGCUGCUGAUGCCCGCCUCUCCUUCCGCGCCAUUGAUAACCUCAAACUCCCCCAACAAUACCAUUACACUGGCAUGUGGAAUUCCACUACCGGCAUCGCGUCCUCACGUACUGGCGCAGCACCGGGCGCAGGCGCCGACGGCAAGAAAGCCGAAGAUGCUGCCCUUGAGGAUGACGAAAUCGCCGGCACUGGACCCAGAAGCGCGGAUCUCGUGUCCUACUUCUCUGCCCAGGCAGACGACAUGAAGCGCACCCUCGCAAGCUAUACGUCUACAGUGCAAGAAAUCGAGUCCCACCUCCGCGGCGUCGAGGCCAGUACGAUGCAGCAGAUGCAGCAGUUAUUAUUCACUCGGGGCCGCGAUGGCGGACAGCGCUCAGCAGAGGACCAGAUUCGCGAACUCGCUGCUGUGCUUAAGGAGUUUGAGGCCGGCAUCUUCGGCGUCGCUGGCAAAGUCGGCAGCGCAAGAGAAAAUGUCCAGGAAGCCAUUCUCGGUAGUAGUAAUGCCGUUGGUGGUGGGUCUGCAGCGAAUGUUCCCGGAUAUGGAAUGGGCUUUUCGAGUCGAGGAGGAAUUUAUUAGAAUGAUUGCAUUUGUGGUUUCUAGUUUAUGAAUGGACCCGGCCUUUUUCUGUUUUAUUUGUUGAUUUUAAUGGCAUGGCUCUCAAGGUCAGAAAUAACACGGUUUCUACAGACAGGACAGGAUAGAUUGAGUCGCCGUGUCUGACGGAAUAGCAUCACGUGUUGCGUGUUCUGCAUCGGCAUUGCUUUCAACCUAGCGCGUUCAUUCUCUUUUUCCACCCCUUUUCAUGCGCUGUUUCUCUUUUAUGGUUCAUCUGUAAAAUACUCUAUUUGUUUCUAUGCCUGGAAAAAAGGAU